CGCACGCCAGUCGGCAGGAGUGUCCUGCAACUGCGUUCGUCCGCUCGCGCGUUCCUUGCGUCCUCACACACAUCCUGCGAACACAUACAAUUCGCACACGCUCCUCUCGCGCGCAUCCACAUCGAAAUAUAAAACAACUUUUGAACAGAAAAAAAAAGUUUCAAACUUUUCUUUGCAAUUACAACGGCGAGAAAUUAAAGUGCGCAAAGUUCAUCAGAAAGAACAAACAAUUCGGAAUUUAUGUGCUACAGUGACAUUAAUUUAUUUCUGGGAUAUACUACAAAUUAAAUCAAAUCAAAUAAUUUUAAGAUUUAAUCAAUCAGCUGAUUACCGAGAUGAAGAACCAAUAUAAAAAUAGUCUGCGUGCCGCCGCCUUCGCAGCUUCCGGUGGCAAGGGAUAAAAUCGACCGUGUGCGUGUGGCGGGGCGAGACUUGUCCACUGGUCCCCAACACACUAUACCAGCAGUUUGCGGUUUCGGUGUCCGUUAGUGCGUCCUCACCGCCAUCGUCCUCAACGGCGGCGGCGGCGGCGGGUCCGGCACGCGGCGUCUGCGGCGCUUCCUGUCCGACGGAUGGUAAUCUAAAGCAAUCAACGUCAACGGAUCGCGCACUUGACAUCAGCAACAUUAGUUCUCGCAUUAUAACAGCCACAACUACGAUAUCAUCCGGGCGUCGCGUAUAAAAAUAACAAUCGUGUGUUUUCUCUCUCGAUCAGUGCGCCACACUCCCACAACUCUACUGGGAGUAUUUAUAAUAAUCAAAACAGUGCGUAAAUUAAUCACACUGUGUGUGCGUGUAUAAGUGUGAGAUACUUUUUUGUGCCAAAAAGUGUGUGUGUGUGUGUACCUGCAAAGUCCAAAACUCAAUUUGAACUAGACUGAAUACGCAAACGUACUCAAAUCUUCAAUAAAAGAUGAAUGCAAAGCAUGCAACGUUGCGACUCUAUCGAGAAUAAACACUUCUGAAAGGCGGUUUUGAGGAAGGGUCGGCGGACGUAAUGGAUCCCGACAUCAUUAACGUCAGCAGCACGCCGGCAGUCGUCUACACUCUGACCGCAACCAACUCCACACUACCGCUGGAUGGCGCUGCUGAUGUGGAGCAAGAAUGGUCCGAUUUUCUACUGCUGUUCAUCCGCGCUGUACUCAUGGGUUGCAUCAUCAUCGCCGCCAUCUUCGGCAACCUGCUUGUCAUUGUCUCAGUCAUGCGUCACAGAAAACUACGAGUCAUUACGAAUUACUUCGUGGUGUCACUAGCGUUGGCUGACAUGUUAGUCGCCAUGUUUGCAAUGACCUUCAACGCAAGCGUGCAGAUCUUCGACCGGUGGUUGUUUGGGUAUUUCAUGUGUGAUGUGUGGAACUCAUUGGAUGUCUACUUCUCAACUGCUUCCAUUCUUCAUCUGUGUUGUAUCUCCGUCGAUCGAUACUAUGCAAUCGUGCGACCUUUAAAGUACCCUAUCAGUAUGACCAAGCGGGUGGUAGCCAUCAUGUUGUUGAAUACAUGGAUCAGCCCGGCGAUAAUCAGUUUUGUUCCCAUAUUCAUGGGCUGGUAUACAACGGACGAAAAUCAAGACUUCCGACAUCGUAAUCCCGACGUAUGCGAGUUUCGUGUCAACAAACUCUACGCAGUAUUCAGUAGUAGUAUCUCCUUCUGGAUACCAUGCACGAUUAUGAUCUUCACCUACUUUGCCAUCUUCAGGGAAGCCAAUCGCCAGGAGAAGGAAAUGUUCAAUCGCCAUGGAGCAGCACGUCUUCUACAUCAGAACAACACCAAUGGAGAUAUGCUGUCCAAUUCAGGCGGAUCAUCCAAAACCCUCGUGCAUGAGAUCAAUCAAGACCUGCAUCAUACUCCGACCAAAGAAAGGAACAUUAUCAAGAUGAAACGUGAACACAAAGCAGCACGUACCUUGGGUAUCAUCAUGGGCACCUUCAUCCUCUGCUGGUUACCAUUCUUUUUAUGGUACAUCAGCACAUCACUGUGCAGUUCUUGCUACUGUCCUGAUAUUGUGGUGACCAUUGUAUUCUGGAUCGGAUACUUCAACUCCACACUCAAUCCACUCAUCUACGCGUACUUCAAUCGCGAGUUUCGUGAAGCCUUCAAAAACACGCUGCAGUGCGCAUUUUGCAGUCUGUGUCGACGUCCCCCUUCGGAUCUGGACUCUUAUGAUGUUCGGCGACCUUCGAUACGUUACGACGAUCGGACCCGAAGCAUCUAUUCGGAGACUUAUAUGAAACACGUUGAUCGACGUAGAAGCUCCGAGUACGGGUCAAGUCUCUGAGUAGACCUAACUAGUAGCAGACUUACAACAACCAGCUUUUAGUCUGUGUGUUUGUCUGCUACUAGUUACCGAAUUACUGAACAAUUAACAAAAUAUUAAUACGGCUCUAAACGUGGAACUAAACCAAAGAUGAGAGAAUAAAUAACAAAAAUGGUGCUACUUUUUUUUACUGCUACGUAUAUAUUACCUAAAAAUAAACAAAAAAGAAACAAAAAGUGUGUUUGUGUUCUGAACGUUUAGAAAUUGAAUGUUAAAUGUGUUAUAAAUGUGAUUAUGAUUAAAUGUACGACAAGUAAAUGUAUAAAUUAUUUCAAACCAACUGCGUAGUAUUUAAAUAUUUAAAUAUUGUAAAUAGCUUGUAAUAUACAUAAAGAAAAAUGCAGCUUAUUUUAUUUUUUUGUUAUUUUUUUAAUUGUUUUUAUUCGCCGACAAAAAAAUUGUGUGAUAUAUUAUGUUACUAAAGUGAAUUAAUUUAUUCUUGAAUAAACAAAACGAAUGUAAACUGUACCAGUUUGACGGGAAAAGCGCGCCGAUCGAUCGAUCAAAAUUAGAUAACGUUGGUUUGUGGAUGUAUCGACAAGGAUUGCGAGAAUGGACGCGGGAACAGGAAAUUAAAAUAAACAAUGUGUGCGUGGAUGAUAUUCUCGAUUUGAUAUUCGAAUAAAAUUCAACAUAAAACUCAAAUAAAGUAAAAAACCAAAAAUAACCACAAUUAGUAAAAAAAAGAUAAAAUUUAGUCAUAAAUGUACGACUUUAUUGUAAAAGGCAAAUAGUUUUGCUCCGUGAUGCAAAGUAGGUUAAAAUAUAAUCAAUUUAUGAUGUAUAAGUAGCGAGAUACAAUCAUCACUAAUAAUAUUAGAUGGUUAAGUAACUUACGUAAUAAACUAGGAUGAAACACAAAUAAUUCUAAUUAUAAACAAUUUAAACGUUUAAAAAUAAACAUUUUUGCGUUCUCUGCACUUGUACUGCAACUCAAACACUUGAACUUUUUAUGUUUUUCAAAUGCAUAUGCAAAUUUUUUGUUUUAAAUUUUUUUUUCAUAAAAUUUAUUGUAAAUAAUGUAAAUAUCCAUUCUUACAUUCUCUAUAUGUAAAGUGUAAUGUUUUGUUUUUUAGAUGGAAUAAAAAUAAAUUCGCUCGGGAAACCAUCCGCAAUAUGAAUAAUUACGACCUAAUUUAAAUUGCAUUGUAUUACGUUCGGAUGGUUUGCCUUCAAAAUAAAAUACAGGUUAUGAAAUACAUCGAAUCAUUACAGAAAUUUUUAGAUGUUGGAAACUGUGAACAUGAUUAAGCUCUCGAUGGAAACCAAGCGCACAGGAAAUGAAUAGUUCUUAUACGAUGUAAAUGAACUAAAAACUAAUUAAAUUAAUUGAUUGAUUUUAUGUAAAUUAACGAGAAGUGAAGAUAGAUUGGUAUGUAGUCUUCCUGUUUUUGAUAAGUGAACAAAUUUAUGAAUAAAUUACAUGACAUUAUCAGGACGCAGAAAAUUACAUAUUUUUUGUUGUUUUUGUUAUAAAUUAAUUAGUUAAAUGAAAAAUUGAACAAUUGCGUCUAAUGAAAACCAUAUACGGCAAAUAAAUAAAAUAUAUUUGAUGUAUGAAUGUUUUCAUGUAAA